AUGGCGCCGCGCCGCCCCUCACGGAGCCUGCGCUGCCUCCGGCCGGCCCGGGGAGCCGCUCCGCCCGCGGCCGCUGGGGCGGGACCCUCGGGGCGGGCCGGGCUGGGCCCCGGGCUGGGCGGCGACCCGGGCUGGGCUGGGCUGGGCCGGCCAUGGCGGGUAGCGCGGGCCGUGGGGGAGCUCAGCCCGGGCUCGCUGCGGCGGCGGCUGCGGAGCGCGGAGGAGGCGCAGCAGCGGCAGGCGGGGCUGGUGCGGCAGCUGCAGGACGAGGUACUGCAGUACCAGACCUGGUGUCGAGAGUUGGAGCAGCAAGUGAAAGCUGGAGGGGGAUCCCUUCCAGGCAGGUGGGAAGCCACAGCAGACCACAGCCUGGAGAAAGCCCUGCUUCAGGUGGAAGAGGAGCAGCAAAGGUGUGAGAAUCUGGCAGAAGUGAACACUCUCCUGCGGGAGCACCUCAAUAAAGCCAGCGAGGUUAAUUCCGCCCUCAAGGAAGAUGUUGGGAAGCUGACGGUGGAUUGGAUGAGGGCCCGGGAGGAGCUGGAGCUGAAGGAGAGUGAAUGGCGCAGUGAACGGGAGCAUUAUGACAGCUACGUAAGGGGGGAGCACGCCCGCCUGCUGGGGCUGUGGCGGCAGGUGGUGACCUUGCGCCGCCUCUUCCUGGAGAUGAAAACUGCCACCGACCGAGAUUUGUCAGAGCUGAAGGCGGAACAGAUGAGGCUUUCUGGAUCUAUUCUUGUGAACUGCUCUCGCCUGAACUCCUGUGUGCAGCUCAGGGAGUCCAUCCCUCUGGGUAAACCUGUCCUGAAGGAUCAGGCAGAGCAGCAAGUGGAACCAAAAAUAAACCAGACAGCUCAGGAAGUGAUAGCCCUACAAGUCAGGUGUGACAUGGAGAAGAAAGAGCUUCAGGACAGGGUGAUGGAGCUCUCAGCCUUGCUUGUACAGUCUCAGAAGCAGAACGAGGAGAAGGAGAAGACCAUGAAAACACUUAACGACACAGUGGAGAUUCUAGAAUCAAGUUGGGUAGAGAAAGAAUUUGCAGCUUCAUUGACUAACAGUGCCAAAGAAGAGAAUCUUUUCCUUCAAAAGCUCAUUAAAAAUAUCACUGAGGUUUCCCAGGAGCAAGAGUCAUCGAGCUGGUGUGUGGAGCAGCUGAGCCAGGAAUCCUCUGGCCAAGGGCAUGAAGUGGCCCAGGUUUGGCGAGAGGAGGAGCUGCUGGCCCAGAAGGCUGACCUUGAGGGCCGACUGGCAGCCACCGAGUGGCUGCGACAAGACCUUGCCAGGCAGCUGGCAGAGACCAGCACACUCUUGAGAAGUGUGGGACAGGAUGUAGAGCUGGUUAGAGAGCAGCAGGGAAAGCUCUUUGGAAUUCUCAGCAGCCUCUGGGCAUUCUUGCUGAUUGUUGAUGGGCACCCAGCUGCCAAACCUGCCAAGGUCCUGCUGGAAGAGCAGAAGGAGAAGAGUGCUUUAUCAGAGGCACUGCUCCAAACUCAGGCAGAGCUCAGCCAAGCCCGCCAGCAGGUCCAGCAGCUCAGGCAGGAGGUGGCAGAGCAGCAAGAGAAGGGGCAGACCAUCAAGGCAAAUCUGCAAGAUGAGCUGCAGGAAGCUCACAGUGAAGCCCAGGCAGCGCAGAGGAGGCAUGAGGAAGAGCUACAAGGCCUCAAAGAGGAAAUGAAUCUCCUCCUUGAGCAGAAGGAGGCUCUACAAAAGCAGGUGGCAGAGUUGACAUCUCAGCUGGCAGCCUCCCGAGAGUGCCAGGAAAGGACUGCGCAGAGAGCCCAGCAAGAUGGGAGGGAGGCCCAGGAAGAGUCCAGGCAGAAGCUGUUGGAGAUUGAGCAGAUCCAGAAGAUGCUGGAGGAGGCAAAACAUCAGAAAAAGGAGCUGCAAGUGCAUCUGCAGAACUUGGAGAGGGAAUGGAUUCAGUGGGAAGAAGUGGCACAGCAAACUUCAGAAUUGCAGGCUUCCGUCAAUGCCCUAGAGAAGGAAAAAGCCAGGCUGACUCUGUCUCUAGAAGAAAAGGAUCUGAGCCUCAGAACCCUGGAAGAAAACAACCUGACCCAGAUCAAUCAGGUGUCUCAGCUUCGUUCUGCCCUUACCCAGGCCGAGGAGCUCCACUCAGAGCACAGAAGAGAAGUGCAGGAGCUGAAUGACCAGAUCCGGGCCCUGCAGGACGCAGUGCUGCAGAUGGAGGCUUCCCAGGAAACUCGACAGAAGCAGCUGCUGAAGGAGCUGGAGGAGUCUCGAGCAGGAGAACGCUCUUUGAGGGACUCUGUGCACGUGCUGGAGGCUGAGGUGUCUGAGCUGCGUGUGAAGCUCCAGAGCUCUGAUGACAGAGCAGAGGCCUUGGCCACAGAGUGUCAACAGGCCAGUGGUGCCCACCAGGAAACUCAAUCCCAGCUGGACAAACUGCUCUUAGUUCUCCACCACAUGAUCAGGGACAGCAGAGACUUGGUCACUUGGAGCUCAGAAGAGGAUCAUGUCAUGGGCCUAACUGCUUCUCAGGCUGAGGAUGUCCCCACAGAGCUCACAGUGGACAGAGUGGCAGCAGCUCUGCAAGACCUGCAGCAGCACCUGGACCAUUCCCAGAAAGAUCUGAAUGAUGCAAGGAAGAAGAUACAGGCCUUGGAGCUGGAGCUGGGCACAGGGCAGGAUCAGAUGGACAAUCUCAGAGCCAGCAAUCAGGAGCUGCAGAUACAGUUGGAUGAAAGUCGGGCAGCAGUGUUGAGGGCAGAACACCAGAAGACCUCUCUAGAAAGUGCCUUGAAGGAAGAGACCAUUGCCCUGAAGGAAGAGGCUGUGACUCUUCGCCAGGAGGUGGCAUCUCUGCAGAAGAAAUUGGAAACGCUGGAGAAGGAAAGGAAAGAUGUGCUGCAUGAACAGGACAGGCUGCAGGCAGAUAAAGAAAAACUGGAGUGUGAGAUAAAACUUCUGGAGGUAUCAGUCACAGCCUCUGAAACCCGAGCAAAUACAGCAGUAGACAAAAAUCACUCCCUUGAACAAGAACUUCAAACUGCCCUGUCCAUGUUAAAAAUUAAAAAUGAGGAAGUGCAAAACCAGGGGAAGAAAAUGGAGAUUCUUCAGAAAGAGGUAGCAGAGACCAAAGCUUUGCAGGAGCAUCUCACUCGUGUGACUGCCAUCUUGUCAGAGAGGGAGGGAGAAAUGAAGUUGUACCAAGAGCAGAUGAGAAUGUUGGAAAAGCAGAAAGAAAUGCAUAAAACUGCUCUUAAUCAGGUUAUUAAGGACAUAACAGAGAAAGAACAGAAGACAGAAUCCCAACAGGAACAGAUACAGGAGCUGGAGAAGCAGCAAGAAAAGCAAAGGAUUGUUUUAAGCAAAAUGAGCCAAGAGCUGGAAGAGAAGGACCAAGAGAUCAGAUCCCAGCAAGAAGUGAUAAGGGAGCUGGAGAAGCAGUUAGAAUUGCAGAACUCUGCUGUCAGCAGGGUGAGCAAAGAGCUGGAGGAGAGACACCUGGAGAUCAAAUUCCAGGAGGAGAAAAUAAUGAUUCUAGAACAGCAUGGUGCAGUACAAGUCAGAAAUCUGCUUGUGGAUCUUGAUGAUAUGAAAGGAGACCUGAAGGAGAAAAGGUUGGAGCUUCUUUCUCUGACUCAACAGAUUCAAGAACUGGAAAAGGAGAGAGAAGAUGUGAAAUCUCUAAAUGCUAGCCUUGAACGCCUGAGAACUGUUCUUAAGGACAGAGAGAGUGAGUGUGAUGCUCAAAGGGAAGAGUUAAGGCUCUUGCAGCAGCACAAGGAACAGCAAGACAGGCAUCUGCAAGAGCUUCUUGAUAAAGCAGAAAUCAUGACACUUUCUUUAUCUAAAAAAGAGCAAGAGCUUGAGUCACAGCAAAAGCAAAUGCAGGAAGUUGAAGAAGUCAUGGAAAUGCAGUUAAAGACUGUCCGUGACCAACUGGAGCAGGCCUUAGCAACCUUAAAAGAAAGAGACAGACUUAUGGACACCCAAAAGCAACAAACAAGGAGCUAUGAGGAAAAAAAAGAGGAACAGAUUAAUGUCUUGCACAGAGACUUAGAAUACUCUAGAACAAUAUUGAAAGAAAAGGAUUUAAUGAUUGAAUCUCAGAAGGAACUGAUUGAGACCUUCCAAAAACAAAAGCAAGACUCGGAACAGCAGAAGCAAAUUCUGCAUUGUCUUCAAAUGGAACUAAAGGAAAAAGAGCAGGAAAUUUUGUGCCUUAGGAAGCAAUGUGAGGCAUGCAAGGAAAAGGAGGAAAAGCAUGAAGCUGAGCAAAGCAAUUUCCUUGCAACAACAUUGACUCUGAAAGAAAAAGAAGACAAGAUUUGUGUUCUGGAGGACACCAUCACAAAGCUUCAACAGCAGAAGGAAGAGACAGCGGUGCAGGCUAAAGCCAUACUGCAAAAACUAGAAUAUGCUGAAUCUUCUCUUGAAGCUAGACAUCAGGAGAUAGUGUCUUUGCAAGAGCAUGUCCAGGACCUUCAAGAGCAGAAGGAGGUGGUAGGCAAGCAGGCCAAAAGUCUAGAGCAGGAUCUAGACAAAGCAAGCCAGAUGUUGAAGAAGAACCAUUUGGAGUUCCUCAAGCAGACAGAGCAAAUGAACACAUUCCAGCUUCGUGAAGAAAGCAUGAAAGUAGCACUAACAUCAUGCAAGAAACAAGUGACUCUACUUGAGGAAGUGGUGAGGAAGAAAGAUGAGGACAAUGAUGCUCUUAGGCAAAAACUCCAGCAUGUAGAAGAAGAAGUGAAGACUUUGCAGAAUCUCCAGCUUAGGCUAACUGAGAAGAAUGAAGAGGUUAGACAUGAUGGAGAGCAAGAGUUCCUGAAAGAAACCUUCCCUGAGAGAGAAGGAGAGAUCAAGGCUCAAAGUGAGCGAAAGCAGAUAGAAGUGGAAAUAAGAGCUCUUCGGGAAGAUCUCCAGCAUGUUCAGGAGACUCUGACAAAGAAGGAUAAAGAGAUCAAGUACCAGACAGACAAAGUCAAGUAUUUAAAGAAGACUCUGAUAGAGAGAGAACAAGAGCUUAGGAGACAGAGUGAACUCCUGAAAGAAUUAACAUUGGCUUUGCGAUGGAAAGAUGAAGGGGAAACCCUAAAGAAACAAAUCCAAAAACUCCAAAAAUGGGAGGAAGAGGAAGUAGAGAAGAGGAAAAUUCUUCAGGAGAGAGACUAUCUCUUGCAAAAGCAGAAGGAAAUUACCCAACAGUUAGAAGCGGAGAGGGAAGCCAAUGGCAAAGACCUGGAGUGUGUGGCUGCUGCUUUGAAGCAGAGAGAAAGCAGAGAACAUAAAUGGAGAGAAAAUGCCCAAGUCCUGAGUGCUGCAUUGAGCAAGAGUGAAAUGGCCAAUGGGAAUCUGAAGAAGGAAAUAACCAUCCUGCAGAGAAUGAUUUCAGAGAGAGACACAGAUCGAUUUCGUCAACAGCAGGCUGUUGCUGAAGGGGAGCAGCUGUCAUGGCUGUCAGAGAAGAGACUCAUGUUGCAGAGCCUGGAAUGUCUGCAGCAAGCAGUUGCAAAGCUGGAAGAUGAAAAGAUGGAGCUCAGGCAACAAAACACUGAACUCAGGAGAACUCUUGAGCAGGUGGAACACGAACGGAGGAGACUGAAGAGAUGUUUUAGAGGUCGGUUACUCCCAGAUGCCUCUGGAUUUUCUCUCUCUGAGUCUGACCAGUGCAAGUUGCCCACUUCCAGACAGGAGGAGUCUCAUGCUCACUGCAGUCAGCGCUUAGCUGAGUUACAGAACCAGGUGUCCCUGCUGCAGUCACAGCUGGCCCAAGACCGACAGCACUGUCAGAACUACAUUGAGAGCUGUGCAAGAACCAGCCAGGAGCUGUCAGACCUUCACCAGGAGCUGUCCUGCUCCUUUGCAGCUGUCAAGGAGCCCAAAGCUGCUGUUCUGGAAGAAGAGACUCGGAAGCUGGAUCAGUCUCUGAACCUUAACUCGGCACUGACAUCCCUGGGCCAUCAGUCUCUGGAGAGACAGCUGGAGCAUCCAAGAGCCAGACCUGCCAGAAGCAAUGAUGACCUGAGGUAACAGCACCUCUGGUCUCCAUUUAAAUGGAACAAUUUCUCCUAAGACAAAGAGCUCAUGGAUGUGAGAAAUGGGGUCAGCUCCUCAGGACAGGGCUACUCCCUGCCUUAACCAUCUUUUGGUCUCACAUUUGGCUGGUGUCAAACCUCACCUUAUGUUGAGGAUUAGGAUCUACGAAACAUUAUUUCAUGAAGUAGAUGAUUUCUGUGACAAAAAUGUGAAUAUGUGAGAACAACAUCGUAGGUAAGGAGAAGGAAUGAUGUAUGGAGAAGGAAGCCCGAACAAAAAAAAUAAUCCUUGAACAGUAAGACUUGUGGGUGACAUCUGUCUGAGGGCAGCUACUUAAAAGGACACAAAGAGUGCACUACAAAGUAACGUAACAGUUUGCGGUGUUUGCAUUUGCAAGCAUCUCCUGGGGACAGGUAUUUUAAUUUUUUUUAAUAAAAU